AUGAUCAAGGAGCUGCGACAGCAACGCUUUGACCCCAGGCCGGCUGCCGCGAAUGCCAGCAUUGCUGCGGCUUCGUGGGUGGAUUACCAGAACACCACGGUGAUGGAAUCUGCCUGGCUUCAGAAACAGGCGGUGCUUCGCGAGGCUGCAGCACGUGCACGCAGCACAAGGCGGUCGGCUUGGCCGGUGGUGCACCAUGUGACGUAUGCCAAUGGCUGCUGCGCGACCAUCCUGCAGAAGAACCACGACGCUGCUGUGCAACAUGGGGCGCUCACGUCUCUUGCUCUUGGCCCGGCAGACUUGAACCCGACGUGGUAUCUGGAGAACGACGCCGUCCUGCGGAGCAAGCGGGGAGCGGGCUACUGGCUGUGGAAGCCGCGUGUCAUCCUGGAGGCGCUCGAGCGUGCGGAGUGGGACGAGGUGGUCCUGUACAUGGAUUCUGGCUCACUGCUACAAAAGCCACCUCACGGCCUCGCCAGAUGGGCGAUGAACGGGAGCGGGUUCAUGCACUGGUGCAGCCCUCAUCUGGAGAGGGUUUGGUGCAAGCGCGACGCGUUCGUCCUCCUGGGCUUGCCGUUUCCGGACACCGAAAACCAGGCGCAGCGCACCGCUGCCUUUGUGCUUGUGCGGAAGACGCAAGCAAAUCUGAAGUUCGUGCAUGAAUGGCUUCGCCUUGCACAAGACAUCCGCGUGGUGUCUGACAUGCCCUCGACCACGGGGCCGGAGGACAGGGCGUUCAGGAGCCACCGACACGACCAAGCAAUCUUGUCUCUCCUAGCGAAGCGUCGCGGGCUCCCGUGCUACCGAGAUCCGAGCCAGUGGGGCGGUUGGAGCACUCCCUCGUCGGACCAGGCCCUGUAUCCUGGGGAUUAUGGGCAGGUCAUCGUUCACACGAGGCAAAAAGCCUGA